CAAGAAUUAUAUUUGUUUCUUUAAUGUAUUUCAGUUGCUUUAGUUGCAGUAAUUGCAGUUUUUUAAAGUAAUUAAAGAAACUGCAACAUAAACACCACACAUAUCAUUAUUAAAAGGAAAUAUUGCUUAUAAAGUCACGGAAUGCCAGAAACGAUUAAUUACUCCAGCGCCAAACACUAAAUGUGAAACUCGUAAUGUUCAUAUUAAGUCGUUUUAAUGCCAGCCGAGGUUUUUAUAACACCGAUAUCAUAUCGGCAUUAUUUACAACGUCGACAAAUGAAAUCGCGACGCAAAGUAUUAUUUACGUCGUUCGAUGACGUUGUGUCAAUUGAAAUCCAACGACGCUUUUCCAACUUGAGUAUUAUCGGUCGAACGAAUAUUUACAAAUAGUUCUUUGCACGCUGACUCAAGGUUCCAUUUUCAAAACAAAUAUCUUUCUUCCGCGAGCACACGAAGUCGACUUCGUCUAUUUUUACUACGAACGCUGCGCAGAUCGAGCGCGAAGACACAUCUUUUCAAUUAAUUGUUCUAAUAGAUUUUCCUAUUGGAAACAUGGACAAACUCAUAGGAAAAUAUUACACCAAUCUAGACUACGUUAAACCGAGGAUUAACAAGAAUGAAAAGACAAUAUCCGCUCUAACCAAGGAUGUAAAAUUUGAGGGUGAAGAUUUUUUGGAUAGACGCAUAAGCACGGCAAUAACGAUAAUGACAUAUUUACCUCUUUUCGAAUUGGCCAGUAAUCACGUAGACGUACCUCAAGCUCUCGCGCAAUAUUUAUGGUCGACAAAUUAUACACAUUUUAUCUUGUUUAUACGAAUAGAUUGCGUUUCUGUCCUUCUUUUUGCAGAAAAGGGUAAGAAAGAGGCUUGGUCGUUAAUGCUGACGUUUCUUAAUUUUUGUACAAAGGAGGUUCAGCAGUUUUUGGAAACUUCCCUCAUCAAAAACUCAUCAGCAGACAAUCAUCUAUACAGAGAGUAUAAAACCCUACUUUCACAUCAGACCAUUGAAAUAAUAGUCCUAGAAGAUUCGGAUUUAUAUGCGGUUUUUAACUAUUUAAAGACGUCGGAGAACUGCCGAUACUUGAGUAAAAUAUGGGUACCGCAUUCAAUAAGAUGCAGUUUUUUAUCAUUAAAAAGCAAAUACUUAAUAAACAAGAAUUCCAAUACUGCCAUUCGUAUAUUCAAGUCUAAGCAAGAAUUACUUACACCUCCUACAUAUUAUAAAAUAAAUAUAACGUCCAUUUGGUCCGAAGAUAUUGCGGCUGCAAGGAGUUUAGCAACAUCCUUAGAUAGAAAUAUUGUUCUCAUAAAUACGUUGGAUUUUUAUGAUGGCACCGUGAUUAUGCCUUACGUGGAAAUAUUCAAAGUUUCACUGCACAAACAUCUCGAGUUGGACGAAGAUCAACACAUAAUGAGCACGAUUAAGCCGGUAAAUUCGAAGAGCAAGUCCAAUGCAUCUUCUGCAAGCAGUUACAGUCUUCUGUUUUAUGACGGCGCAUGGCAAAGGCCCAUGAAAGACAAAUAUUGGACAAGUGAGCACAGCGAACUACAAACGGCGGAUGCAACAAGCGAGGAUAUCGACAGAUGCGUUGUGUCAGCUAGGAAAGGGUUCAAGAUCUGGAGCGCGUGGUCCACUGAAUCCAGAAUGCAAGUGUUGUCCAAGUUCGCGAACGCAUUGAAAUACACUGGUAAAGCCAAGUUGUCCAAAACGAUACACAAAUGGACAAAAUUUCCGCAUUGGUACGAGAAUUCGUGGAUUCCCGCAUUUCCGUCGUACAUCUCGCUGGUGAAAACCCGCAGGCCGAGAGGCGUCGUCACGCUCAUGGAGAAGGAGGAGACAAAUCUGUUUAAGAAAUUGACGCAGAGCUUAAUCAUCGGCAAUUCCGUCAUCGUGUUACAUACUACGGAAACAUAUAAUAUAAUGCAGUAUUGCGACCUGCUUUCGACAUCCGGGAUACCCCCGGGCGUUGUAAAUCUGCUGUCGUGCAGGAACGUGAAGCCCCUGAGCGAGUGUUACGACGCGUCCGAGCUGAGAGACAUAUAUCACCAGUUUACCGUGAGCAAGCAGGUUGCAACUUACACUCGACUAGUCUAUACGAUUACUCGAGUAGUCUCUACAGAAAUAGACUUAACUAUGACGCUCGCUAUUAGUAACGAGGCUGUGAGCAACGCAGAUGGACGCUCAGAGUGUAGUAAGACUUUAAAGUUCUAAUCCACAAUGUGCCUUCUGCGUCUAGAAACAUUCUAUUUUAUAUAAACAGAUCAAAACGCUCAACAAAUUUGUCAACAAUGUACGAUUAUACAAUGUAUAAUAUAAAAUUUAUCAACUUGCAUGAAUUUUGUAAACGUAUACAUUAGCUACAAAAUAGAAUGUUUCUAGACGCAGAGAGCACAUUGUAGAUUAAGCUUUAACAUCUCGAGA